GAAUGAAAGGAAUUUUCUUAGUUGUCGAACAGAGUUAAGGCACCAUCACACUGUGUCAGAUUGCUGCCGAAAAACAAGCAUCAUCUGAAACCGAUUUGGAACUGUUGAGAAACCUUUUAUUGGUGAUUUUUUCAAUGAAAGAACUGCCUGACACUUUAGCUGGAAGACAGAAACCAUCUUCAUCUGAGAGAAAAAAACAAGCUAAGAUGGGGGUGUGCAGUGAACACCAAGACGUUCCGCACUUGUUCUGCGAAGACGAGCAGAGAGCCGUUUGUCCCGUCUGCGAGUUUUCUCUCCACCAGAGCCACAAAGUGGUUCCUAUGAAACAAGCGGUUGGUGAGCUGAAGAAACAACUGAAAUCUGACCUGAAGUCUCUGCAGGACAAGAAAGACAAAUACAAACAAAUGGAGAAAUCAUACGAUGAAAUGACUGAACACAUAACAAAGCAGGUGGCAUCCACUGAGACACAGAUCAGAGUAGAGUUCAACAAGCUCCACCAGUUCCUGAAAGAGGAAGAGGAGUCCAGACUGGCAGCUUUGUGGGAGGAAGAGGAAAAGAAGAGGAAGACUAUCAGCAGAGAAAUAAAGAGGAUUCAGGAGCAGAUCUCCUCUCUGUCAGACAGUAUCUCUGCUGGUAAAGAAGACCUGCAGAAAAACAACCUGUCGUUCCUCAGCAGCUAUAAAGCCACUCAGAGUAGAGCCAGAGCCCAGAGCUCACUGUCAGAUCCACAGCUGCUCUCAGGAGCUCUGAUAGAUGUAGCCAAACAUCUGGGCAACCUGUCCUACAGAGUCUGGAACAGAAUGAAAGGGAAAAUCCACUUCAGUCCCGUCAUUCUGGACCCAAACACUGCAAGUCGAUGGCUCUCUCUCUCUGAUGAUCUGACUAGUGUGAAGCGUGGCGACACUAAGGAGCAGCUUCCUGAUAAUCCAGAGAGAAACAUUAAUUACACCAAUGUUUUUGGUUCUGAGGGCUUCAGCUCAGGGAUACACAGCUGGGAGGUGGAGGUGGGAGACCAUCCUCGCUGGAAUAUCGGCUUAGUUAAAGAGUCUGUAGACAGGAAGGGAGAGACUUGUGCUUUGCCGGAUUUUGGAAUCUGGUGUUUGGUGCAUGGUGAUGGAAAGUACACAGAUGGUGAGGAUAACAUUGUCACAGUGAAGCAAAAUCUGCAGAGGAUAAAAGUCCAGCUGGACUAUGACAGAGGGGAGGUGUCCUUCUACGACUGUGAAGACAUGACUCUCAUCUACACUCACAGAGACACUUUCACUGAGAAACUCUUUCCUUAUUUUUGUGUUGGAAAAGCAGUGGAAGUGAAUCCUUCCAGUAUCAGAGUCUGUAAAACUAAGAUACAGUUUUAAAUUUCAUAGACAAAAAGUUUUAGCUUAAGAAUAGAAAAUGUGUUUGGUUCUUAAUGUCAGCCAAUUCUUAAAUUAAUUUAUUCGGCAAUGUAUGCAUGUAAACAGUGGGGGGAAAAAAACUCUUGUGAUAUGGAUUGCUAAGUGAACGGUUUGUUGUGCAAAACAGCUAUAAAAUAACAUAAACAUAUGAAGAAAAUGUUUAAAAACUAUCAAAAAUUCUUGAAAUCUAAGCAAAAAAACAAAACCAAAUUUUGGUUCAUCCAAAUUAUCCCAUUGGUUCUUGAACCUAUGUAAUGUUUUAAAAGGAAACGUUUUGUUGUUGUUGUUUUUUUAUCUUAAAAGUAUGAAGAAAAAAAAUUACAGAAAAAUGAUGAACCUUAAAUCUACAUAUAUGUUUUUUUUUUUUUUUUUUUUACUGAAUUUUUCUAUGGAAAAAUAUUACCAUCCAAAGAUGAAGACCACAAUAUCUUCCAUUUGGUCAGAAUACUAAUUUAUUUAUAUUUCCUAUUGCUAGUGUGCUCACCUGUAAGUACAAGCUAAAUGGAACAACUUGGGCAUUAAUGCUUUGGGGUUUUUUUGUCUUGUGUUGUUUUGAAAAUAAACUUUUUUUAAAACAUUUGUAAUAUGGUGUAGAACAAGUUGUAAACAUUAAAAAAUCCUCAGUAAUCAAUAUAUUGUUGGUGUUUGAAGCAGCUUGUCUUAAUGCAUUUGUUAUCAAGAUGUUACAAUAAGA